AUGACAAUAUUUUUAGAAGCUAUUCAGGUUGCUUUUCUACUGUCUACCUCACUGAGUUUUGCUACUGUCAGCUAUUCCAGCCAUUGCAACUUUGUGCCUCCCCAGGGUUUGCUUACUGUGUGCCUCUCUGGGUUUUGCUACUGUUUACUUCUCUGGACUUUGCAACUGUCUGCCUCUCUGGGCUUUGCUACUGUCUGCCUCUCUGGGCUUUGCUACUGUCUGCCGCUCUGGGCUUUGCUACUGUCUGCCUCUCUGGGCUUUGCAACUGUCUGCCGCUCUGGGCUUUGCUACUGUCUGCCUCUCUGGGCUUUGCAACUGUCUGCCUCUCUGGGCUUUGCUACUGUAUGCCUCUCUGGGCUUUGCUAUUGUGUGCCUCUCUGGGCUUUGCUACUGUCUGCCUCUCUGGGCUUUGCUACUGUCUGCCUCUCUGGGCUUUGCUACUGUCUGCCUCUCUGGGCUUUGCAACUGUCUGCCGCUCUGGGCUUUGCUACUGUCUGCCUCUCUGGGCUUUGCAACUGUCUGCCUCUCUGGGCUUUGCUACUGUCUGCCUCUCUGGGCUUUGCUACUGUCUGCCUCUCUGGGCUUUGCUACUGUGUGCCUCUCUGGGCUUUGCUACUGCUUUCUUACUGUCUGCCCCUUGAGGCUUUGCUACUGUCUGCCCCACCAAGCCUUGCUUUGCUACUGUUUGCCUCUGUAGGCUUUGCUACUGUCUGCUUCUCUGGGCUUUGCUACUGUCUGCCCUUCCAAGCUUUACUACUGUCUGCCUCUCUGGGCUUUGCUACUGCAUGCCUCUCUGGGCUAUGCUACUGUCUGCCCCUCUGA